GGGACAAUGGUGGAGAGACUUUUAUGUGAGAUGGCCAAAAAACCUGCCUGCUAGCAGCCGCGGUCGAAUAAACUUUCUUCUUUUUCCUUUUCUAAAGAACCAAUUCACUUACGGAGUGGAAUUGAUGACUUUCGUUUCCUUCACCUAACAACGACCUGUUGUGUUUAACACACUUGAGGUUAUUUAAAUGGAAUUAACUUGGCCUACCAACACAAGAAAUGAAGUCAAUGGAAUAAAUAUGGGAGCUGCACUUCUGCACACCUUUGAGCAGCAGUAUGAUGCAGGCAGGAGUCUGUCUGAGACAGGACACUGAGACAAAACUACCAGAGCUCACUGAGCAGCACAGGAUCAGACUGAAAGAAGAGGAACUCAGUGGACUGGAGUCUGUCCACAUGGCAGAGUCAGAGACUGAGUGUACUACACCAGGACUCAACACACUGGAGCCAGAGUGUGUUACAGCACACAGUGGGGAGCUGCACUUCUGCACACCUUUGAGCAGCAGUAUGAUGCAGGCAGGAGUCUGUCUGAGACAGGACACUGAGACAACACUACCAGAGCUCACUGAGCAGCACAGGAUCAGACUGAAAGAAGAGGAACUCAGUGGACUGGAGUCAGAGACAGAGUGUGCUGCACCAGGACUCAACACACUGGAGCCAGAGUGUGUUACAGCACACAGUGGGGUCAGUGCUGUACACCACACUGACUCACCAUUGAUAAAAACAGAACCUGAUCUGGGUCCCACCAACACUGGGGAUCUUAUUAAGACAGAGAGCCUAGACUUUACAGAGCUGGCAUAUAGAAUCCAUCUGCACCCUGACCAAAUCAAAACAGAAACUUAUCCGGGUCACACACACACUGGGGAUCUUAUUAAGACAGAGAACCUAGAAGUUACAGAGCCAGGAUAUGUAACCCAUCUGCAUUCUGACCAAAUCGAAACAGAAACUGAUGAUGGAGGCUACAUCAAGGCUGAACACAUCAGUGUGCUGCAGGACAUUAAAUGUGAUGAUAUUACAUCUGAUGAAGUGAACCCUGUGCUUAAUGGAGCUGGUGUUGUUCACAAAGACCAGACUGAACCAUGGCAGUGUGCAGGAGAACCAAAUCCACACUCCAGGAAACCAGGGAAAGAACAGGACCGUUCCACCCAGCAUGUGAGAUGCCUUAAUGAGCCAUCAGAGUUAAUUCAAGACAAGGGAAACCAUACUGGUGAAAAGCCCCACCAAUGCUCUCAGUGUGGGAAGCGUUUCCUUCAGAAAUCUUCUUUAAACAAACAUCAGAGAAUUCAUACAGGUGAAAAAUCUUACAAAUGUGAUCAGUGUGGGAAGUGUUUUUUGACAAAAAGUGCUUUAAUCACCCACCAGAGAAUUCAUUCAGGUGAAAAACCUUACAAAUGUGAUCAGUGUGGCAAGUGUUUUUCAGAUCAAUCAUGUUUCAGAAAACAUCAGAGAAUUCAUACUGGUGAAAAGCCCCACCAAUGCUCUCAGUGUGGGAAGCUUUUUCCUCAUGAAUCUAAUUUAUAUAAGCACCAGAGAAUUCAUUCAGCUGAAAAACCUUACAAAUGUGAUCAGUGUGGCAAGUGUUUUUCAGCUAAAUCUUAUUUAAGCCAACAUCAGAGAAUCCAUACUGGUGAAAAGCCCUAUGCAUGUACUCAAUGUGGGAAGUUUUUUAAAAAUAAUUAUCAAUUAAUUAUCCAUCAGAGAAUUCAUACUGGUGAAAAACCUUACACUUGUACUCAAUGUGGGAAGUGUUUUUCAGAUAAAUCUCAUUUAAGCAGCCAUCAGAGAAUUCAUACUGGUGAAAAGCCCUUAAAAUGUAUGCAGUGUGGGAAGUGUUUUAUUCAUAAUCAACAAUUAAUUAGGCAUGAGAGAAUCCAUACUGGUGAAAAGCCCUUCACAGGUACUCAGUGUGGGAAGUGUUUUUCAGAUCAAUCGAGUUUCAUAAAACAUCAGAGAAUUCAUACUGGUGAAAAGCCCUACACGUGUACUCAAUGUGGGAAGUGUUUUUCAGAUAAAUCUUAUUUAAGCAAACAUCAGAGAAUUCAUACUGGUGAAAAGCCCUUCAAAUGUACGCAGUGUGGGAAGUGUUUUAUUCAUAAUCAACAAUUAAUUGUGCAUGAGAGAAUCCAUACUGGUGAAAAGCCCUUCACAUGUACUCAGUGUGGGAAGUGUUUUUCAGAUCAAUCAAGUUUAAGAAAACAUCAGAGAAUUCAUACUGGUGAAAAGCCCUACACGUGUACUCAGUGUGGGAAGUGUUUUUCAGAUCAAUCAAGUUUCAGAAAACAUCUGAGAAUUCAUACUGGUGAAAAGCCCCACCAAUGCUCUCAAUGCGGGAAGUGUUUUUCUGCUCAAUCUCAUUUAAGCCAACAUCAGAGAAUCCAUACUGGUGAAAAGCCCUACAAAUGUAUACAGUGUGGGGAGUGCUCUUCAGCAAAAUGUGGUUUAAGUAGACAUCAGGCAGGUGAUACCGUCAUUCCCUGUAGAAGCUAGGUCUCCCUGCCUGGUGGGGGUUUUCCCUCUAAAAUCCAAAUGGUUGACCCAUUUGUAUGGUAAAGAACUAAGGCCUGAUUUUGGGUUAUAAGGAGAAAAUAAACCAAGCAAUCUGGGGUUUUGUCUCCUUUCCUUUGAUUCACACAAAUCAUGUUUAUGCAAAAUCACAAGGCAUAUUACCAUGGGAGGUACAAAAACAGUUAUUACAUUAUGCGGCUGUCAUGAAAACGCCCAACUACAUC